CUCUAUUUUAAAAUUCUAUUCUUGUCACUAAAACUUUGUGAUCUCCAAAUAUUCCAUAAGUAUAUUGAUCACAUUAGGUGAAGACAAUUACAAAUUUAAAGAAGAAUUUUUUAACUAAAAUACAAAUUACAAUAAUUGCUAUUUAAUGUUACCAAUAGGAAUUAGAAAUUAUAUCGCAAAAUAAUUAGGUAUUAUUUCUCAUAAAUUUGCCCAAAAAACCAAAUAAUUUUGUAAAAGAAUUGCAUUACAAUAAAUUACUCUAUUCAAAAAUACUGAAAUUGUUAUUAGAAAAAAUAUUGACAAAAAAAAUUCCAUAAUAAAUGGAUAAUUUGCCAAAAUAACAGACAUACUUUUUGAUCUAGAUUUUUCAUCAAUUAAAAGCAUGAGUCAAUUCAUCAUUAACAAAAAUGAAUAUAUUAACAAAUUUUCAAAAGACUAAAUGGAAGAAAUUAGAUAAUUGGUGAAAAUACUAAAAUUAAUAACAUUAUGUGACUGCUGAGACAUGCCUCCUAGUGGGCAAACCCAACCCCAAAGGUAAUGAACAACCACACAUGAUAAGGAACAAAUUCCUGAAGAUUAUUUUUUUUAAGAAUACUCAAAGAAAUUAACGGGUAAAAAAAAGGAAGAGGAAGGGAGUGAAGUCACUUUGAGAUAAAUAAAUUGAAAUUGGCCUACUUUUUACCGAUGGAAAAAAAAUUAU